AUGGAAUCUCAUCGAUACCUCGCUCUCGUCGUCGUCGUCGCGGCAAUCUGCACGCUGCUGCCACGUCUGACACUGGCGGCCGGAAACAACAUCAUCACCUUCACGUCGGUGGACUCGACGGAUCGCACCGUCAUCUUCACGCCGUCUGUCGGCAGGGAAGAAGUGCCCUCUGUGUCGGUGGCCGGCGGUCAGACGGUGGACGUGGUGUUUCCUCACGGCUGGGUCGGCAAGUACCUGGCGGUGAGUGACGACGAGGAUCAGUUGCGCCUGCUGGGUGUGAUUGGCGAGGUGACGUUCAACGGCUUCGGCGACAUGACGUACUUUGACGUGUCUGCCAUCGACGACCCUAGCGAUCAGCAAGGCGUUCGGAUGCUGCGGCCAGCUGGCGAAGACGAGAACACAUCGGGCUGCUUGGGGGAUUUCCCUUGUGACAAUGCCUAUGUGACGCCUAAUGACGAGCAGACGAAGGUCACGCCAGGAAGGCACCUGAUCGCGACGUUGGGGAGGGAGCCGCUUGUGAGGAAGGAGGAUGGGGAUGAUGUAGACGGUGGUGGAAGAGAUGACAGUGAUGGAGAGGACGAGGACACUGGUGAUGGUACUCGUAAGAACUAA